GGUGAACGCGUCGUCAUGGACAACAUGGACGAGGGCCGCAACGCUACUGCUGUUGGAGAUGCAUCGUUUUCUUCUUCUUCUGCCGCGCCAGCAGCUGGCGGAGGAGCAAAUAAUACGACACGCACCAGUCCACCAACAACUACUGAGAAGCCGGUGGUCCAGCAAACUGGAUUACCUGGUGAUGCGGGGGACAAACACUACGCUACGUAUCAAGAGAGUCAUCCGCUGACCGAUGCAGAUGUCGCCCAGCAAAUCCACGAAAGCGCCCAUGCCAAGCCGGGCGAAGUCGGAGCAGGAAUUACGGACUCAACUGUGCAUCACGAUGCUGGUGAGCGGAGUUACGCAUCUGCCGGCGGCGUAGGCUCGCCGCUGCGUACCGAAACUUUCGUGCGGGACUUUCGGCAGGGCGUCCUGACCGAGUUGAGCAACGCUGACUUGUUGUUGGAGAUUUUACAGAGACACAACGAGUCCAUGGCUGAACUCGGGCAGUCGUUAGUGGAGGACCCCAGCACAGUGCCUGCCAUCGUGGCCGCAUUGAGAAAAAGCACGCCGAUUCGCUCACGCAUCGCCUCAGGAGACUUCGACCGCGACACAGUCACGAAAACACUCAUAACGCAACUCGCCUACUCGCUUGUGCACGAUCGUGGCUUCAUCGAGUAUCUAAAGCAGCGGCUUCUGGCAACCGAUGAGCACUACGCAGUAGUCAGACCGCCUGCAACUAACAAGAUGCCUCCGCCUGCUUCCGCUCCGCAGGAGCAGCAAAUGCUUCUGAUGCAAAAGCACGACCAUGAUGG